AUGCCUCCACCAGAGCCUGAAUGGAGCCUGGAUGGCACCGCAGAUGCCAAGGUAGAUGAGUCGGAGGCAUUGGCUGUGGCCAAUACCAUGCCAAAGCUUGAAUACCUUGAACUUGCCUAUGGACGAUUUAGCGACCGUGGGCUAGAUGCCAUUCUCACUAGCUGCUGUCAUCUCCAUGUCCUUGACAUCCGUGGUUGCUGGAAAGUAGAUAUAACUGAAGGUAUUGAGCGCAAGUGUCAUUUAAUCCAGUCUUUCAAAAGCCCUUGGUAUGAUGAAUAUGAGCCGGUUUGUUCUGACCAUGAAGAAGACGAUGAUGAGGAUGUUGAUGGAGUCGAUGAUGCUGAACUGGUGGAUGUGGCACUACUGAUGAAUCAAAUGAUGAGACUUGGUAGUUUUGACCAGGCACUCUUUUGA